AUGAUGUCUAAGGCUAGGAAUAAUGUGGAGGAGCAAGCUGCUAUUCAUAAUUUGAGCGCAGACCAAUCUGUCUUGUGCUUAGACAAGGGCAAAGCAGUGGCAUCUGUAGUGCUAGAUUCUGAAAUGGUGGAUACUAAUAAAAAGAGAGAUGCAGACAACCAUUUGGUGCCUGGUAACGAGAUUGAAGGGUAUCCUCAGGUCAAUUCUCAAGUCACAGAAAUCAUAGUGAAGCAAGUUGCCUCUCCCCAACAGGACACUGGGAGGAUUACAUCUAAGAACAAAUUUGCGGACCUGAGUCUAGAGGGAGGUGAACUCAUCGUGGACUUAGCCGCUGAAUCUCAACCUUGUACUUCAAUCUGCAAUGAGGUGACUAAGAUGACUAAUGCUUUCUGUGGAACUCUUCGAGUGAUGGAGUGCACCGAUAGUGAAGGAGGUUCUUCAAGAAUUUGGAUGACUAAUGUUUUGUGUGGAACUCUUCGAGUGAUGGAGUGCACCGAUAGUGAAGGAGGUUCUUCAAAAAUUUGGAUUCUUAGAGUUGUAGCCAUGUUAAGACCAUAG